AUGGCCAGCAGCCAGUUUCCCGUUGCCAUUAUCGGCAUGGCAACGAGGCUACCUGGUGCCCAAACAUGCGACCAGUUUUGGGAACUUUUAAAAAACGGUGGUGACAGUGUGGCAAAAUUUCCAGUAAACAGAGUCCAGGAUAUUGAACAUGCUAUCGCGCCGUUUCGAGGAAAACUGGUCAACGAAGACGAACCCUUCUUCACUGGCUCAUUCUUUCAUUCGGUAGACACGUUUGACGCUAAGCUUUUCCAAAUCAAUCCCAGAGAAGCUCUUUUUAUCGAACCCGAGCAAAGAUUUUUCCUAGAGACAACCUGGGAAGCUAUCGAGGACGCUGGCUACGCGUCGACCAUCCGAGGUUCCAAUACAGGUGUUUAUGUUGGAAACACUGUCAACAAGUACAAAUUCAUCUUGACUGAAAACCAUCCAAGCAUUUCCCAUGGGAAUCACUCCCCUUUCAUUUCAUCUCGUGUUUCGUAUACCCACAACCUACAAGGCCCCGCAAUGAUGGUUGCCACAGGCUGUUCGUCGUCUCUGCUCGCGGUCCACGUCGCCUGCCAGGGCUUGCUUUCUGGAGAUUGCGACAUGGCCAUUGCUGGAGGCAUUACCCUAGAUCUCCUUCCUGUAAGCGCCAAAACAGACAUCUGGAAUCAGCUCGGAAUUACCGGACCGAACGUUAAGUGCCGUGCAUUCGAUGCUUCAGCGAAAGGAAUUGCCAAAGGAGAAGGUUGCGGCGUUGUCAUUCUCAAACCCUUGGCUAAAGCUAAAAUAGACGGUGAUCAUAUCUAUGGAGUCUUAGCAGCCACGACAGCCAACCAAGAUGGUCAUUCGAAUGGAAUUACAGCACCACAUCCGGGAGCUCAAGCCAACAUGUUGCACAGGGCGUGGGAACUAGCAGACAUCAGUCCAGACAAGUUGGGUUAUUUUGAAACGCAUGGAACAGGUACCGAGCUGGGGGAUCCCAUAGAGAUCUCAGGAAUAACCAAAGCGUUCAAGACGUUCGGCUAUAGUUACCGCGAGAAUGACAGAGAAAAUAAGAUCCCAAUCGGCUCAGUGAAAGCUAAUAUUGGACACCUUGCUGACGGAGCGGCUGGGGUUGUGUCUCUGAUAAAGGUCCUGAUGUGUCUACAGAAAGAAAAGAUACCACCUGCCAUUAACUUCACUAAACCUAACCCGCACAUCAACUGGGACACCUCUCCAGUUUACGUAAACACUGUGCUCAAAGAAUGGCCCCCAUCGCAAAAGACUCCCACAAGAUACGCAAGCGUAAGCGCGUUUGGUCUUCUGGGUACGAAUGUCCACGCGGUCGUGCGUGAGUACGACGCGGUUAGUUUCUCCAAAUGUAUGCAUGUUCUGCAAGAGCACUGCCAAGAGAGUCAGCUACUGACACUUGCAGCAAACACCAGGCAUUCACUGGUGUCGUUAGUAGGAAAAUUCGCGAAAUAUUUCCACGAGUCGGAAACAAAAUCGUACCUAAUGCUAAGGAACGUGUGCUACACGUUGAACACUGGCCGUGAACAAAAGAGAUUUAAACACAGAGCGAUUGCAUUUGGAACUACUUGGGAACUCAUGGCCAAAGCCUUGGAAGACCUCCACCUAGAUCUCAAUUCCACUACAUCAGCGAAAGAGACAGAUACUCUGAGAGAUUAUGGUCACUUUGUUAAUUUUGGGAACACCUCAUAUCGGGAUAUCAAAUUGCCAAGCAAUAUCGACAAAUAUGCCAAGCUGUUUUUAGACCUGGAAGACACCUGUUGGAAUAAAUUCUAUGCCGAAAAAAAUGGUCUUAAGAAAGUGUCAUUGCUUCCCAACUACGCCUUUGAGCUCACCAGAUUUUGGCCUGAGGUCGGGAAAACGAUCAAUAGUGGGCUGCUGCAGUUAGAACACAGGCUAACUACGCAAGGUCACUUCGUUCACGACAGUCUCGCAGAUAUGCCAGCGCUCAGUCUCAACGAGGUAAGCAAACUGAACAAGCCUGGAGACAAGUUGGACUGUUCAGCGACGCCAAGCGUAGACGUCAAAAUAGCCAUUCAGAACGCACUAAAUGAAGUCCUCAGCACAGAUUAUGAUUGGAAUGAGAUGUUAGAUGAAAACCUUUUUGCACUUGGCAUGGAUUCCUUGCUCUAUACCCAACUAUCGAUGAAAUUACAGGACAUAGACAAUUGCAAAGUCACUUUGGCGGCUUUCCAUGACAACCCAACAUGUGCUGGCCUCAUAGACCUUGUCGAAAAACACGUGAAUGCUCAAGCAAAACCAAAUGAGUUAACGGAAGAGUCACGAGAAGAGAAACGUACUCUAAGCGAAGAGGAUGUUAAGUCGAUCCUUGGAAGAGCUCUCAAUCACAGUCUGGCUGCAGAUUAUGACUGGCAGGAGCGAGAGAAUGAGAACUUGUUCACACUGGGGUUCGAUUCUCUUACCUGGACCCAAAUGAACAUGAAGUUGGCGAACAUUCUGAAUAUUUCCGAACCGUUGACGAUGCACGAGCUGAGAAAAUUUCCCACGUACAGUUCGCUCUGGAAAAUUAUCUACGAAAAAUUGUGUCCUACAAGUGCAAUCAGAGAAAUCCAGAGCGACGAUCAACCGAAAGAAAAAGCAACAAACGAGAAAUUUUCAAACAAGAAGCAAUGUUCAAGCAACGUUCCACAAGCGAUGUUCCCUCUUUCCUUCUCACAAAAGCGCUUGUGGGUGAUGGAACAGAUAGCGGUUAGCUCGUGUGCCUAUAAUGCAACAAAUUGUCUUCGCAUUACUGGAAACUUCCACUCAGAAGCUUUCAGUGCCGCAGCCAAUACAGUCCUUUCUCGACAUGCCGCUUUCUUCACGACCAUCACGGACACAAAAGAGGGUCCAACACAGACUCACGACUGGAAGCUGGACGCGAAGGUCGAAGAAAUAGACAUGAAACAGUUUGGUUUCCAAGCAGAAGAAAGAGUGACCACUCUUUACAGGGACGAUUACAAAACACGUUUCGAUCUCCGUGCUGGUCGCCCAGUCCGAUGCAAACUCUACUGCCUUCCGAACGAUGUAUUCUAUUUCACUAUGGUCGUUCAUCACAUAGUUUUUGACGGAUGGUCCCACUUUGUGUUUUACAACGAACUCUGGGACUCUUACAAAAAGCUGUGCGAAGGAAAGAAAAUUAAGGAGGAGGUACAACGACCAUUAUACGCAGAGUUUGCCAAAGAGGAACAAGACGGCUCGUUGCACGAGCAGAUGGAAACUCAUGUGACGUACUGGAAAGAGAAACUAGACAGUCCUUUGCCGUUGACUACAUUCCCAGGAGACAAAAGGCGGCCGGCUGUAUUUACUCACCAAGGCAAGAGGAUAACAAGGAUUCUGGAUAAAAGUAUUCUCGAAGCUUUAAGGAACUUCAGCUCCGACAAAUACACGGUAUUCGUAAAGCUCUUGUCAGUUGUCUAUGCUUUGUUGCACCAGUACACCGGCGACAGAGAUUUAAUCAUUGGUACUCCAGUUGCAGGGCGAAACGACCUGAGAUUCAAACACGUUAUCGGAUGCUUUGUCAACACCCUUGCGCUAAGAGUACAGCUUUCCGAUGCCUGUACCUUUUCCGAUAUCCUCGAGGAGGUUUCUGCAAUCUUCCUGGAAGCGUUCGACCAUCAAAUAGCACCAUUCGACCAUGUUGUUAGCCAGCUGAACCUACCUCGAGAUACAAGCAUCACACCUGUCUUCAGCGUCAACGUUUGUUACCAUAACACUGAAAUAAAAGCCGAGCAUACCAGCCCACCAAGUGAGAUCACUGUCGAGAGGAAACUACAGCAUAACGAAACAACCAAGUGGGACAUGCAGUUUGACUUCCUUCAAGAACCAGAAGGCACGAGAUUCACCCUCGAGUACUACAGCGACCUGUUCUCUGAUCUGUACGCCGAAACGGUUGUCGAUAAUUUCAUCUGGUUGUUGGAAUCCUGUUGUGAAAACAGCAAUACUCCUCUGAUGCAACUUGGAAAUUUGAAAGGCACGGGGCAAAAGGAAACUCAAGGCGUUUCAAUUUUGCGCGGGCCGUUUCGCAAAAACGAAAAAUCCCUUCCUGUGUUAAUUAUGGAAAGCCUCCAAACACACGCCGAAAGCACCGCAAUCAUUGAAGCCAAUGAACUGCAAAUUACUUAUAAGAAAUUACUGGAGCGUGCACUGAAGUGUUCGUUUUUUCUGCGAGAGGUCUGCAAGUUACCAAAACAGUCAAGAGUUGGGUUGCUUCUCGAGAAUUCUGUCGAAACAAUCGAAUAUAUUCUAGCAUCCUUGCUCUCCGGUCUUGUCUAUGUUCCUAUGGAUCCAAGCAGCCCGAAGCCACGACUGGAACAUGUCUGCAAGGAGGCUGAGAUCAAAGCUAUAAUCUUCGGGAAAUUACAUAUCGGAAUUGCCAACGACCUUCACUGGGCUUGUUCUUUUGUUCAGUCGAUAAUCUGCGUUGAUUCACAGGACCUUCUCGCAAUUCAAGAUGUCGUCGAAAAUUCCCCUUUAAUGGAUGCUGAUCUAUGGAAUUGUGUGGCAAAAACAGCGAAAAACGACAUCGAAAGCGGAGGAUGGAAAAGUUCGUACAAUGGAGAGCAUAUGAGUGUCGAAGAGAUGGAGGAAUACGCCGAAAACAUUUUGACCAAACUGAAAGACCACCUUAAACCCACAACCCGGGUACUGGAGAUUGGUUGUGCCUCAGGGCUCACCGUUCAGAAACUCAGUCCAAGGGUUGGUGAGUAUGUCGCCACGGACCUCUCCGAGAUUAUGACGAAACGACUUGAAGCGGAACUACGAAAGAAAGUCGUGACAAAUGUUGAGGUGCUUUGCAUUCCGGCCGACAGAGUAGAGCGCAAGCUACGUGGGAGAAAAUUUGACGUGAUCGUCAUGAACAGUGUGGUCCAUUGUUUCCCAGGUCAUAACUACCUACGCGCAGUCCUUAAGGAUUGUGAAAGACUGCUCGACAAAGGUGGCGUCCUUUUCCUGGGUGACGUUAUGGAUCUUGACCUAAAAGAAAAGCUUGUGAUGUCUCUGAAGUCUUUUAAGAAGGCCCACCCGGAAUGCAGAGUAAAGACCGACUGGCGAAACGAACUGUUCCUAUCGAGAGCAUUUAUGCAGCACUUGUGUGACUCCUCGAAUGUUCUGAAGUCCGUAAUGACGUCGAGGAAACAUUACACAGUAGCUAACGAACUUACCGAGUUUCGAUUUGACGCAUUAUUCACCACCACAAGUGAGUGCCAACCGUCUGGCAAGCAAGCAUUAGAAAAACAGGUCUUUGCGUUACGAGAUGUGACCCAAGCUUUGGAGAACAAACACAGCGAUACCGUACAACAAGUUGUCUCUGAGUGGUCACGUGACAUUCAGCUUGAAGAUGAGGCGUACGUGCUGUACACUUCCGGUACUACAGGGACUCCAAAAGGAGUCAUCAUCGGCCAUGAAGCACUGGUGAACUACGUCACAUGGGCAACCAAGGCAUAUCAAUUCGAUUCCAGUACUUUAACGCCAUUUUUUGCGCCGCUGACAUUUGAUUUUACUGUAACAAGUAUAUUUCCACCUCUACUGGGAGGGAGCAUUAUUAGAGUCUUUAACCCUUUUCAAGACUCGUACCAGUCUCUUGCUACUUCAACCGAGAUCACGACUGCAAAGUACUCGCCUCUUCAACUUGACACAAUCCUCUCCAAUAGUACCCAACCCCUCAGCGCCUCCACCUUUAUCUUGGGCGGCGAAGAGUUGACUUCUGCCCUGCUUCAGAAAUUAAAGACGAAUAAAAGAGAUUGUCCAUUUGUGGUCUGGAACGAGUAUGGGCCAACAGAAGCCACAGUUGGCUGUGUCGUCCGAUGCUUGACGAGCGACGAACUACCUACCAAAGAAUACCAACACAUUCCAAUUGGCAAGCCAAUUGACAACGUCACGGUCGCUGUCUUAAGAAAUCAGAGAGAUCCUGUUCCCCAGGGCGCAAAAGGCCACCUGGCUAUUGGUGGAAAAUGCUUGUGCUUGGACUUCGCCGGAAGUGGAGUGUCCAGAGAUGCAAAACGAACCAAGUCUUUUAGAGCUUCGUGUUGGGGCAGACCUGGUGAACUAAUGCUGCUGACUGAAGAUAUCGUUGAACUCAUGCCAUUGUCUGGUGAGCUGGUUUGCUUUGGUAGGGAUCGCGACUCUCACACAACAAAAAUUAACGGAAUAAGGGUGGAUUUGAUGGAAGUACAACGCAUUAUAGAGGCCGAUCCCGCUGUCAUCAGUGCAUGGGCGUGCACCUUCACACACAAGAAACAUACGCUGUUGGGAGCUGCUGUGAAACUAGAAGACUUUAAGCAAGGAAAGUGCGGUGACUUGACAUGGAAACAACACUUAGUGUCGUCACUGGCAGAUGUGCUUCCCAUUCGAUCCAUUCCCCAAGUUUUCGUCCAGCUUUCCGCAGCUCCGACCAACAAGAAUGGAAAAAAAGACGUGGAUUUUUUGCAGAAGUUGUUCCUAGCCGAAAUGAUCGCUGAAAAAGUAAGUCCUGGCAAGGUUUCGACUUCAUCCAAUUCGUACCAGGGUCUUCUGCAAACUGCAAAGCUUCAACGAAUAUGGCAAAGCAUUUUACCGGUCGAUUACCUACCCAAGCCUGAAGACGAUUUCUUUUUCGACUUGUCAGGCGACUCCUUGCAGGCCAUACACUUGGUGAGGAAGAUGCGAGAAGAAGGAUUCCAAGUGUCAGUCACGGAUGUUUUCCAGAAUCCAAGCAUUCAGAAAUUGACACCGAUCCUUAAAAAAAGAGAAGGAGAAAGGAUCCGCGUGGAGGUUUCAUCAAAAGGAGAACAAAACCCAUUUCGCCCGACGCCAAUAAUUGAAGAAUUUUUCGAAAGACAUCCGCCCUUGAAACAACCAGACCGCUUCUCGUUGUCGGCAGUGUUAAACUUUCACGACGAAAUCUCGACCAAAAUCUUAGAAAUGGCGCUCAAAAGUGUCAUAAAAAAACAUGGCUCGUUACGUUCUCGUUUUGGUGUAAAAGAAGGACGAGUUUUCCAGCAGCUCGUUCCAAUUGAGCUCAAUAAACUGACGGUGAAGGUAUUGGAAAUUGAAAAGAGCGAAGAUCACCUUGCUGACGAGCCGAUGUUUAUUGAACUAUGCGACAGACUGGAACAGAGUCAUUCACUCGCGAACGGUCAUCUCGUUAAUGCUGCAGUUGUAAACGUGAGCGAAAAAGGAGUUCCAGAAACACGCGAACACUUCGUGCUUCUUGUAGUACAUCACGUUGCGUUGGACAUCGUCUCCUGGCAACAAUUACUGGAAGAUCUUGCCAGCGCAUUAAGAAAGCUUAGUGAAGACGACACGAAAGAACCAGAGCUGAAAAAGUGUGAAGUCACAUUCCAAACUUACUGCAAAGCGCUUCAAGCCGAAGCCGAGAGAGCAUUCAUCGACGAGAUUGAUUACUGGAGGGGUAUAGAAGAAGAAUACAGGAAAUCGGGUCGGCUCAUUGAAGAAGACAAGCAAAGCAAUUUCCGCACAGCUAAGUGGGUCAGCGAAGCAAUAGAUGCCUCACUGAUACGGUCAACAUCAAGUGAACUUGAAUGCUCCGAAGAAAAUAUACUUUUGACGUCCUUUGGAAGAGCCUUAGUUGCUAUCCACGGCCAGGACAAGACUGGUAUAUGCCUCGAAAGCCAUGGUAGGCAACUGACAACUGUGGAUUCAACCGAUACUGUAGGCUGGCUCACUAGCUUCUUCCCAGUCAUUCUCCACACGCCGCUGUCAGGAGAUCUUGUUAGCCAAGCAAAAGAUCUGGGACAGAAGAUGAGCAUGAUCCCCAACCAUGGCCUAGGCUUUGGUGUGUUGAAAUCAAAACAAGCGCUAAGAAUGCCACUCCCAAAAAUCAUGUUUGUGUAUCAAGGUUCGAUGGACGCGUCGACUAAGGAAACGUUUGAUGGUGGCCGUUUCAGCUUCAAUCACAUACCUUGGAUUGAAGUAAUGUUGAACGAGCUGAAGGAAGGACGGUUCCAUCGGCAUCCUGAAGAAUUCCUUGAGUAUGACUUGGAAAUUAUUGCGUGGGUACACGGAGGGAAACUCAAGUUUGGUUGUCUUUUUGAUGGCAGUGUCGUCAACGAAGAAGUCAUCAGAGAUCUGAUCAAGCAAGCCCAACUUAAUGUCAUUGCUAUGGCUGGAAAAGCCAAGACCAAACCCAAAGAAAUCAGCGUGGAAAUUAUCCCAGGUUUUAAUAUUGCUCCAGAGUGUCUGAAGGCCAUGACAGAUGCUCUAGCCCACCAUGCCACGAUCCCAAAUCAAGUCCGCGUUCAACCUCCCGAACAAAUGUUACAGGUCCUUUGUACUCCACAUCCAACAAUUACCCAGUCCUCAGCUGACGUAGCCUUGAUAAUUCCCAGACCAAAGAACACUGCCCAAGGGAAGGACCUAAUGAAUGCAUGUAGCCAAUCAAACAGUCGUGUUGCAACCAGCAAAUCGGUCGUCCUGGUAAACACAGAAAACUUGCCAAACACCUCAAAGCUCCCUACGCCAUUACUUGCAGAUCAAGUGAGUUUGGAAAUCAGCCCUGAAAACCUCUCAAGUUUCUAUGACGAUCGUUCAGAUACUGAAUACAACAUGCCGCUGACCAGAGCUGGAUACUGGCAUCUUGGAGUAACCAUGGCAAGGGCGGUGCGAGCAUGCGCAUGGGGCUCCACGUACAAAGUAAUUGCAGUUGACGCAGAUUAUACGCUAUGGGAUGGAGAGUGUGCAGAAGGAUCCGUUCGUUUUAACGAAGGGAACUAUGAGCUUCACGAGUUCCUGCUGAAGAAGAAGGCAGAAGGUAUGUUGUUGGUUAUUCUGAGUAAGAACAGCCAAGCAGACGUGGAGAGUGUGUUCGAGCUGCAGAAGAACGACAUGAAGCUAAAGAAAAAUGAUUUCACCGUCAUCGUCGCCAACUGGGAACCGAAGUCGAAGACUAUCAGACAUGUAUCGAAUUUGCUUAAUCUUGGCAUCGAUAGCUUUGUGUUUGUAGAUGAUAAUCCAGUGGAGUGCGAGAAGAUGGUUCGGUGCUGCCCAGAAGUACUCACCCUUCAACUUCCGUCGUUAGUGGAGCUCGUGGCUCCUUUGGUACAAAACCUGUGGGCAUUAGACCGCGUGCAGGUGAGCUCAGAUGCCUCAAAACGAACCGAAAUGUACCGAAGUGAGCUGGCAAGACAAGUCGAAUUACAAGGUUUGUCUUUGUAAUUAGUAAUACUAUUACAACAUAUGCAAGUUUUCCAAACUCGAACUUGCUUUGUCAAAGUUGAAAAAGUGCUAAGCCCACAGAUUUUGGAUAGUAAUAGAAACAUUUUUCUAAUUUAAUUUGUUUGCUCUUUCUUUAUUUCUUUCUCUCUUUAGGAGUGCAACUGGACGCAAAGAAGGACAAGAUAAUUUUAAACGAGCUGCUCUUGAGUUGGGAAAUGAAAUUGGAGAUCUGCAAGACGUGCGUCCCAUCCUUAAGAAGCGUCAAAAAGUUGUAUACAAGAACCAAAGAGUUACUCCAAAGAACGAACCAGUUUAAAAUGAACGAUCUGAACAAUGAUUUGAUCGAGUCAAGCAACAACGAUAUUGUUUGGUUGGUGUCUCUCAAAGACAAACAUGGUGCCUACGGGAUAGUAAGUGUCCUCUUACUGAAGAGUACAUCAGAUUUUAUCUUGGUUACUCAGUGGGUUGUGAGUUGCAGAGCUCUUGGCAGAGGUGUUGAAGGAAGAAUUCUUAAAGAAAUCCACAAGGAAGCUAUGGCGUUAGGCAAGGGAAAUCAUGUGAAUUUUGCAAUCAACAAAACAGAAAGAAACACCCCAGCCCUGGAGUUUCUGGAUACCGUCGGCAUUGAGACAUCCGCUGUGUCUGCAUCUCAGCUAAAUAUUGUCUGCAGUGACAGUUUGAACCUAGAACCGUUCGCUGAACCAUUGCAUGACCUCAAAGAGGUCUCUGACUUGAGCCUUUUCUUCAACGACGGAUGCAGAGAGCGAGAUGUGACUCAUCAAGAACCUGAUAUGGAAUCAAUACUGAAUUCCAACCAUGCACGAGCUUCCAGCAGUACCUCAAUUCGAACAACAAAUGUUGAUAAAAGUUUUGGCAAACCACCGUCACUAAACGAAACUUCUAACGAAUCGAGCUCAGGCAUUGCGUUAGAAAAGCUAAACGAAUGGAUUGAGACGAACUGGAGCCAGUCCCUGAAACACCAGGCUCUUUAUCACCACGUUUUCCCGCUUAUAACCAAUCCAAGAACUACAGUGGUAUCUGCAUCAAAAGGCCAAGAGGCGCACACCGCUGAAAAAGAAAUGGCUCUUAGAUCAUCGUGGAUGGAAGUGUUGCAAAACGACAAAGCACCCGAAGACUCCGACACGUUUGUUCAAAGUGGUGGCAACUCCUUUAGUGCAGUCUACCUCGUGUCGAUGCUUCGACGAUUGUGUGCAAUCGAGAUCUCGAUAGUUGACGUGCUUCAGAAUCACACAUACGGCGAGAUAAAGAACAUUGUCAAAGAAGCAUGUCCGGUAAAUAAAGAACCCUCAUAUAUUUCGCGACCGGAACAUGAGCGUCAUGUCCCCCUGACUUCUGCCCAGAAACGAAUGGUCCUGAUGCAAGAAACAAGCCUCGGAUCUGCUGCGUACGUUGAAACACUAGCAUACCGAACAAAUUUAUCAACAGACCCAAAAGAAAUAAUUUCUGCAUUGGUCCAAAAACAUCCAAUCCUGAAAUCCAAGAUUACCAUGAACAAAGAAACUCUGGAGUACUCAAGGUCUACCGAAACCGAGAUAAAGAUUGAUAUCACAUCGGAAGUAGUCCACAGUCCAAAAGUCUCUGAGGCUUUUUUGAAGAAGACGACGCCCGUAAUACAAAUAACAGAUUCCAGCCUUUUCAAAGCUCGGUUCAUCACAGCCAAGGAAGAAAACAUACUGGCGUUGCAUGUCCAUCACGUGAUAGUGGAUGAUGUCACGCUUACUAAUAUAUCUAGUGACUUUGAACAACUGAUACACAGUGGUAUUGGGGAUAAUGAAAGUUCGUCAAUUUGCAGUGAAGAUUACGCAAAUUACGUAAAGCAAGAAGAGUCGUAUCUGAUUAGCGAGAAAUGCAAAGAUGACGAGGAAUUCUGGAAGCAAAAGUUUGAAAGCCUACUACCAGAUUCGAACCUGGCUCUUCGUCCGAUAGCAGACUCAAAUAGCUUCGCGACAAGAGUCUUCCCAGCAAAACAUUUCAUUCGAGCCCUCUCAGUACAAUCCGCUGAUGAAAUAGCGGACUAUUGUUGCAUGCGUGGCCUAACUGAGUUCCAGUACUUUCUGUCCUGCGCGGCCUUGGUGCUUCAACGCUACCUUGGAGUCGGAGAGAUUACUCUAGCAAUCCCUGUGACGACUCGAAUGGAAAACCACGAGAAAACAGACGGCUUGUUUGUGAAUACCGUCCUUUUCACGAUCUCAGUCGACCACUCGUUCACAUUGAAAGAACACAUGCAAACUGUGGCCACCCAAUGGCUGAAAGCAUUACGCCAUUCCAACUACCCUCUAGACCAAGUUACCAAAAUGUUGUGGAAAACCCAAGGUAAGAACUCCAAUUCUUUCUGCUCAGUUAUGUUUAAUUACGCCAUUCGUAGCCAAAAAACGGAUGAAUUAAGUGUGUUCGCGAAGGAUGCCAAGAUGCCGCUUAGCCUGGACGUAGUGAAAGACCAAGAAUCAAACCAAAGUACAAUUGUUGCUGAAUGGGCAGACCAACUCAUUGACGAUGGCAUUGUUGAACGAUUGCUCGAAAGUAUUAUUCAACUAUGUGUCACAGCUUACAAAGAGGAAGAAAACAGUAUUAACCAGGUCCAGGUCUUGUCUAUCCAAGAACACAAUCUCCUGCAAUCAUUUACCACCACUCCCACUAACUCAACAACAGAUAAGUCUUAUCCAGUCCAUUUGACAUUCGAGGAAUUUGCCAGAAAGACUCCGCACGCCACAGCUGUUGCCAUCCAUGAACGUCGUUUGUCGUAUUGUACACUCGAUGAACUUUCUUCGACAAUUGCCAACGCCCUCUUGGAUGAACUAGGGAAAGAUGUAAUAAAGAACAGUCCGGUUGUGAUAGUCGCAAACAAAGACGAGUACUUGAUUGCCGCUAUUCUUGGUGUCUGGAAAUCUGGUGGCCAUUUCUUGCCCGUCGCCACCACCAAUCAGAGCAGUUUGAAAAACGUCCUAGGAAGAAAUAAGCCAGCAGCAAUUCUGACAAAUCUCCCACCUGAAUCUAUAAUACUUAACGAAGAGGAGCGUCAAAGGAGUCCCUUGCUCGUGAUAGAGGAUCUGACAAAACAUUCUAAACACAAAUACAACGAAUCCCAAGUCAAAGUAACAACAAAAGACCUUGCUUAUAUAAUUCAGACCUCAGGUUCCACAGGUACCCCAAAACAAUGCAAAAUCUCACACAGAAGCCUGCGCAUUAUUUCCAAUGCCUGGAAGGAUCAGUACGCAAUGACAGAAUUCAAGGUCAAUGUUCUGCAGUGGGCACCGAUAUCGUUCGACGUCUUUGUUGGAGAUGUCGUAAGAGCAUUGGUAUGCGUUUGCUUUUGUUUCAGUUGCUAUAAUUACUAUGACAGUCACCUCGAUAUCAUAAAUAUCAUUGUUACCAUCCUCAUCAUCAAUCAUAUCAUCAACGCUGUUAUCCUCUUAAAUUUCAUUGUUACCAUCCUCAUCAUCAAUCAUUAUAUCAUCAACGCUGUUAUCUUCUUAAAUUUCAUUGUUACCAUCCUCAUCAUCAAUCAUUAUAUCAUCAACGCUGUUAUCCUCUUAAAUUUCAUUGUUACCAUCCUCAUCAUCAAUCAUUAUAUCAUCAACGCUGUUAUCCUCUUAAAUUUCAUUGUUACCAUCCUCAUCAUCAAUCAUUAUAUCAUCAACGCUGAUAACCUUAUCCUAUGAUUAUCACCACUACAACCACCAUCACCUUCAUUACAAUUACUGAUGUCGUCUUUAUCAUUAGCAAUAUUGUAAUCAUCACUGAUUUUACUAUCCUUAACGCUCCUCCCUAUCCUUAACGGCUCAUUCCCAUCCUGUUCGCUCAUUUCCAUCCGUAUCGUCACUCACCUAUCCACAUCGUCUCAUCCUACCCUCAACGUAUCUUUCCUACCUCAUUGCCUCACCCUACCCUCGAAAAUUUAACUUUAUUUUCGUUUAUGUUUUUAAACAUUCUUUUAAUUCAGAAAAAUUCUGAGAAUAUCAUUCUCAAUGCAUUUCAGAUAUGUGCACCGGGGCAGCUGACAAUCUGUCCAGACAAACGCAGAUUAGACAUCCCCUACAUACUACAGCUCAUCGAAAACCACCACAUCACCAUGAUCGAGGUAACGCCAUUGUUUGGCCAGCAGCUCGUCACGAACGCCAAUCAAGAUAGUUUCAGUUCCAUAAAAGUCUUUAUUUUCGGCUCAGAUGUGCUACAAAGACACGUCUAUCACACAAUCAAAGGCAAGCUCAGGAAAGAUCAAAGAGUUCUGAACAGCUAUGGUAUGACAGAAGCUACGAUCGAUUCUGCUUUCUUCGAGGGAGACAUUCUUCCUACCACAAGAAGUGACACAGUUCCGAUAGGUAAACCACUGCCGGGGGUAGGGCUUCAUGUCCUAGAUUCAACAACACUCUUGCCAUGUCCGGUCGGUACCAUUGGAGAGCUGUACAUAAGCGGCGAGGUUUUGGCGUCAGGCGACGUGGACCUGUUACCAAUCUCCCACCUCCCUUGCCACGCCUUAAAGACGGGUGAUGCUGCUUGCUGGUUGCCCUCGGGCGAUAUAGAGCUCAUGGGACGAAUGGACAACAUGGUAAAACUACGCGGAUUCCGGAUUAGCACGACAGAGAUCGAGAACAAGAUUGUAGAAACAAUAGACCACGUGACACAAGCUUGUGUUGUUAUCCUACAAAAUGAACACGACACAGGAACAGAAUUCUUGUGUGCAUUCCUGGUGACUGAUCAACUUGACAGUGUGGAGAUCACGAUAGACAGAAACCUCGUCUGUAGUAAACUCAAGGGUGGACUACCUUACUAUAUGUGGCCGGACAUCGUUCACACCCUUCCAGAAAUUCCCCUCUCCAGCAAUGGCAAAGUGAAUCACAAAGCUCUUCCCAAAGUUUCCAAGCUGUUGGAAAGCACAAUAGAAGCGUCAGCACUACAAGCAUCCAGCGUUGAGUCGUCAACAACAUCAACUUUGAAAGGGUUAUUUGCUGAGGCUCUUGGCUUAUCGGAUGCGGGACAAAUCGACCCAACGUUGACAUUCAUGGAACAAGGCGCUCACUCCUUGAUUCUAGUAAAGUUCUCAACAUUGAUCAGUCAGAAGACGUCGUUCAGUGUCACAAUCGCUGAUAUAUUUUCUUACCCGACAAUCAGCAUGCUCGAGGAGUUUAUCACACAAGAAGCACAAAGUGACAAUGAAGUGAGCACACAACCCCUAGGUGUGACUAUGGUUCUUCCUUUUACCAAUGACAAUGUCAAGGACAUCGCAGUAACUGGAAUUGCUCUCCGACUUCCUGGAAACAUCAUGACGCUCCCUCAGCUCUGGGAAGUCCUAGAAAGCGGACGUAAUAUCAUGGGUGACUUUUCCGAAAGGCGCAGAAAAGAUAUCUUGAACUGUGUGUCGUUAGAAGAUGAGCAAACCUUGUUGGAGGCCGAAACAUUCCAAGGCGCGUUUCUAGAUAGAAUCGAUGAAUUUGACAACAAAUUCUUCAAGAUCCCACCGGGGGAGGCAAAAUUCAUGUCGCCGGAGCAGCGCAUGUUCCUUCAAGUGGCUACAGAAGCUUUGGCCGAAAGCGAACCCCUCUCGAAAAUUCAUGGUUCAAAGACUGGCGUCUUCGUAGGCUCUUCGGAAAUCGGAUACUCCCGACUGCAACACCCAGAUGAGGCAACGUGUAUUUCUGGACUCCUUCCCGGCAUGAUUGCGUCCCGUGUUGCUUACCAAUGGGACUUUAAAGGCCCGACAAUGCUUGUAGAUACAGCAUGUUCGUCCUCGCUGAUUGCCCUGAAAGAAGCCUGCGAAUCGAUAAAAAGAGGGGAAUGUGACGGAGCUCUCGUAGGCGGUGUAAGUUUGGUGAUGUAUCCAUCAAGGAGUGGCGUUUAUGGAAAAAACAGUAUUCUAUCCGAGGACUUCAGAUGCAAAGCAUUUGAUAAGGAUGCUACUGGCACAGCAGUGGGUGAAGGAGUAUUGUGUUUGUAUGUAGAGCCAUUGGAAACGGCCUCGGCAAAAGGGAAACCAAUUUACGGCGUCGUAAAGAGUGUAGAAUCAAACAGCGUUGGCCGUGGAAACGGGAUCACUGCGCCUUCGGCGAGUUCUCAGCGCAACGUAAUACUGAGCGCCUUAAACAGUGCAAGAGUACAACCUUCCGAGGUCACAUAUAUCGAGGGCCACGGAACAGGAACAAAACUCGGUGACAGAAUAGAACUGUCUGCCCUCCGAUCUGUUUUCGACAAUUCUCGACAAACCGAAACCAACUUGGCAAUUGGUUCAGUGAAGAGCGUCUUCGGUCAUCUUGAUUCAGCAGCGGGUAUGCUGGGUGUUUUUAAAACGUUGGCCUCACUUAACGCGAAGAAGAUUCCACCAACAGCUCAUUUUAAAACACCACACCCAGAAAUCGCAAACUCUCGGCUGGAAGUUUCAACUGAAACUGUGGAAUGGCAUCCAAGUAGCAGCACAUAUUCUAGAAUCGCAGGAGUGAGCUCCUUUGGAUUGACUGGCACGAACUGCCACGCCAUCAUUGCUGAAGCACCAAACACAGACAGAGACAACCUAGAAGAAACCAUUGGUCAACGCGGCUACCAUUUACUUGUCGCUGGCUCAAGUUUGGACCAACUCACACAACAGCUGCUCCUACACAAGAUACAUACCAAACGAUCCAUCUUGAAAUCAGGAAUCAGUACCAUUGCUGGACUGUGUCUCACCGUAGCUAGGCGUCUAAAAGAGAUCACCAAACUUAACACCAACAUGAAAUUGCGACUUGUUAUCAGUGCUCAUAAUCCAACUCAGAUGCUCGAAGUGCUCGAAAUCUGCGAAAAUGUUGCUGAUUUAAGUGCUAUGAAACAGCUGGCCAGAUUACGUAGGGACAUCGAGUUCUGCUGUCCACAACAUGACGAAAUCAAGACGUCCGCGUUUCCAGACGUUGCUUCCUUUUUGCAACACGGCACAAUCAACGUCGAUGGAUUGUUUUAUGGCGAGUCCCAGACCAUCCAGCCUUCACCAGAAGUUACUCUAGUUAUUUACAACCAAAGUAGACAUUGGUUAGAUCCAUUAGAAAAAAUUGAAGGCAGCACCUUUCGCAUGAAUGUUGUUGAAUUACUGGGGACAAAGUUGAGAGAAACACGAGAACUGAUCAGAAAUUUGCCUUUGAGACCGGCUGACGAUCUUCAAGAAAAGCUUGAUAGCUUCUGUUCCGCAAUUAUCAUUAAGCUGUUCCUGAGUACAUCCUUAAACGACUACCUGAUGAAUGGCAACGAGAUUACUUUCAACCACGCUUUUUCCCUUUCCAAGAUGAUGCCAAAAUACGAGAAACUCUUCUUCGUGAUGAUAAGAGAGCUAUGGCGAAACAAUUUGCUUGAAGCAAUAGGCACGGACGAAACCAUUCACAGUUUGGACUCGUUCGUGUUUAAAUGCAGUCAUCAUUUGGAUGUGGAAGCUAGUGUUAUCGCAGAGCACGCCAUAAAGAUGUACCCAUCGUGGGCCGAUUGUUUUCGCUUCCCACUCUACUGCUCACAACAUCUGGAGAAAGUCGUGAGAGGAAACAUGAGCCCGCUGUCGGUCAUCUACCCUCGAGGGGACCUCAAUUUUAUGUUUCAGUUUGACAAGCUUGGUGACUUAACGGGUGAUGUUUACUAUAACAUGUACAUGCAGCUCAUAGCUUCUUACGCCAAACAGCUUUCUCGUCUGGGAAAACAUGUAAGAAUCUUAGAGGUUGGUGCAGGAGUAGGGCACGUCACCCGACAGAUACUUCCAAAGCUCAAGGACAUUCCAAAAAUAGAGUACUGGUUUACUGAUCUCGGUAAAGCUUUUGUGGACCACGCGAGGACAACGUUUUCCGAUUAUCUACACAUGAUGAAGUUUUCCACUUUUGAUAUCACCAAAAGUGCACCCAAACAAGGUCUCUUCGGCUCCUUUGAUAUUAUCGUCUCCUACAAUGUCAUCCAUACAACGCAAAGCAUCGUGGAGUCUCUGCUUAACCUAAAAUCCUGCCUCGGUGAUGAUGGGAAACUUUUUAUCAUCGAGAGUGCGAAAAACGAGACCUGGGCAACACUCGCCUGGGGCAUUCUGGAUGGCUGGUGGUAUUUCAAGGACUACGACUUGCGACCGUUCGAGCCCAUGCUGGAACCGGAAAAAUGGGAACAAGUUUUGAAAAGCGCAGGAUUUCAGUCCGUGGUCACAUGUCCAAGCCAAAGUGACGAAAGAGAGCAUGUGGAGAAGUUCCUGUUCCUAUGCAGUGAAAAACCGGCAUCCGAUUCUAAGAAAAGUUUGGACCUUGUUUCUUGUCUUGGAUGGUGGAAGACAGAUAUUGAUAGGUUAGUGAUAGGCAAAUAACAUAUCGUAUAUCAAUGGUGGGUAACUGAGUGACAAAGUCAAGUGCCUUCGUACUUACUGUAAAGUCAAAUAGACAGAUGGAUAGAUAGAAAUUUUUAUUUUGGCACGCUAACUACGUCAACAAACAACUGAUUUCCACAAGGGACGUGUGUUCAUACUCAUUACAAAUGACGUUAAACGUGCUUUUAUAAGAUUACAUGCUUUUAUAAGAUCACAUGUGCACAGAGCGACAAGCUUUAUUUGUUUUAUUAAAUAAGAUUAGUAUAAUUACAUAGGUGAUUAUUGAAAAUUCUCCACGCUGAUUGGUUGCCGAUGAGGUGAUUAUUACGCGAUAAUCACCUAAGCGAUUUUCAAAAUGGCGGCCGAAGCCUUUUUGACAAUUAAAUGACGAAAAAAUGUGUAUUUUCUUAUUUUUCCCAAAUAAUCACCUAUGAAAUUAUACCAAAACAAUUAUUCACCUCAGGCUCGGUGAUCAUCGUGAAUAAAAACCUCGACUUCGUCUCGGUUUUUAUUCACCGAUAAUCACCUCGCCUUCGGCGAAUAAUUGUUAAAUAAAAAACAAGCUAAAAGUUGAAUAGUUUUGUACAUUCGCCAUUCCUAAUUUCUGUUACAUCAUUCCUGGUCUACGAACUCUUAAGCCUAAAAAUACCCAGCCAAGGAAAGCGCGCACAUACACAUUAAUAACACAUAAAAAAAUUUUUAGUUUUGUUUGUGGAAACACCACGUAAAUUUAUUACUACACAAACAUAAAUAAUAAUAAUAAAGUAAUAAAUAAAUAAUAAAUUAAUAAAUUGUUGCAGUAAUAAAUUUACGUGGUGUUUCCACAAACAAAACUAUUAUAUUUUAUCGCCAUGCAAACAUACAAAGAACUUAAAAAAAAAUUUACAAGUAAUAGAACAAAUAAAUUUAUAUAUAGCUUUAAGAAACGCAUUUUAACGAAUUUAAGAAACGCAUUAACAAUGGUGAAUGUUUAUACUAGUUUGAUUAUUGUUUCAUAAUCACAGAUUUGGUCCGGUGAAGAAACUGGAUGAGCUCCAAAAUGAAUUCAGGAGUGACGACGACAGCAACAAAAAUGCCGCUCAUGAGCUCAAGGUGCUGGUAGGGGAGCAGAAUGUGUACGAAGAACUGAAGAAAAUCUGGUCUGAUCUACUUGGAGAGGAUAACAUCCAUCCCGAACAUGAUUUUAAUUCUCUGGGAGGAGAAUCUUUGUUGGCUAUACAGAUGAUGAACUUGGUGAAAAAGAGAAUCGGAUUCCAACUGGAAAUUGCAGAUACAUUUGGGUAUCCUACCUUGGGUGCAUUGGCCCGCUUCAUCACAAAUGAAUUGCAUAUCGAUACUAAAGAGGAGGCUGGUUUUCAUUCGGGUAGUCCUCUUGUCUCUGAAGUAUCGCUAAAAGGAGAAGGAACUCUGUUAAUGUUUCCGGGGCAGGGCUCUCAGAAAGUUGGAAUGUGCGUUACGUUGAAAGACAGCAAGGAAGCAAGGGAGGUCUUUCAAUUGGCAGAAGAAGUACUAGGAUACAGCAUUCUAGAUAUUAUUCUAGGAGAUGAAGUCACCCUGAAACAAAAAUUAAAGUCGACCGAAUUUGUCCAAGUCGCUCUCUUUGUUGGUUGUCUUGCAAAAAUUGAACAGUUGAAGGUAAGUAAAACUACUAAAGGCUAUGUAAGCCUGCUAUCUCAUGCAAAGAAGACGUGUUAAAAGUAUCUUAAAACGAGUACAACCUAUUUCAUGAUUGCGGAGGUUUCUUUCACCUGAAAAAUAUGCCGAGACAGAACGGCUGUUGUGGGACGAAAAAUCAGGUUGGACCAUGCAAACACCGCGGAAAAACGUCUGCGCAUGCGUCAACCUUACCUGUAAUAGUAUUGCGAACUUGAUGAGAAGCUGUUCCGAACGUUUCCGAAGGCUCAAAAUGGCGGUAAAAAGGAGUGACUUCAUUGUGCGUCUUUACAGCCAGAUUUCGAGCGCGAAAAUAAACAUAUCAUUCUAAAAACUAGGAAUAAAUACAGCCAGAAGGUUCAAGAAAUUGUAUUGUACAAGAACAUGAACUAAAGGUGAUUGUUGACAAAUUUAUCGUCUGAAACAUUUUGCUUAUCAACUAAGCAACGACAAUUUUCGAAUUUUCGUUUGAGAUACAUUUCUUUAAAAAAAAACUAUGUCGCCAAAUAUAAAAAAUUUUCGUGUUCACAAUAAUUAAACUAUAGGAUUUAUUCUACAAUUUGAGUGGGUUAAGAAGCUUAACUUUUCGAGAGUUUUCUUAACUUUUUAGUUUGAAUUUUUGUUUUGAAUAAUUUUGCAAAAAUUUUCGAAGUCGUGUCCGUUAAAAUCAACAAUUUUUACAUGAAUUAUAUUUCAUUCCAUACUUUAAAUGCCAGGACGCUUUCAAUUAAUGUCUAGUCUACCCAUUUGCUAUAUUUUCUCGUUUGUUUUACUAAUUUUUGACCAAUUAAUAAGCAUGUUUUUGUUUUAGAAAUUGAUAUUCAAAUUACCCGCCAUAUUUUCAUAAUUUGGUGCAUGCGCAGACGUUUUUCCGCGGUGUUGGACCAUGCACAUUUUGUCGUCUUUAGUGUGGUUAAGCAUGCGCAAUGUGUCUAUUUACGUCCCACAAGAAAAAGAGCAAGUAUUUUAAAUAAAUUGGCUGAGUGCAAGCAGCCAAGUAUGACUGGUUUACCUAGCUCAUCGAUAGGAAUAAACCUGGAUCGCGCAUUUCAGUCAGUCCAGCAGUCAACUUUUGGAGGCACUCACCGCCAUCUUGUUACUCCAGCUUCAGUGUUCUGGUAGCUAGAUGUAAUCACUGAUCUAUACUAUACAUAGUUCAGUUGAAGUAUAAAUCAAAUAUGAAAAGCCGCUAUAUUGCCGCCAUCUUGGUACUCUAAAUUCGUCAUUUCCGAUGGCUUCACCUGGUUUCACCGGAUGCGCGAUCCAGGUUUAUUCAUAUCGAUGAUCCAGCUAUUCCCCAUGGUGGAGUGUGAGGUCUGAGGUACGGCUGAUGUUCUCUUUCCCGACUGGAGGCGUGCAGCGUUUAUCUAGUUGGCAAGGGGAUGUGGGAUAUUUAUCUAGAUACCUUCUUAGGAGGGCUAGCAUAUCUAGAUACAGCCCUGCUUAAGAGGGCCUUAUUCCCUAAGAAGGGCCGUAUCUAGAUAAAGCCGUCCUUGGAAAUCUCGUUCCCCCGAGCUUGUGUUCCCUUUGUCCUGUGGUGGGAACAAUAGGCUCUGGGAUAAUCCAUAUAAGAGAGAUCUCCUAACACCCAGGUCGAUCAGUUUAUCAAUAAGAAUAUUAUAGCCGAUUCGAUCGAAGGCUUUCGAGAAGUCCAAGAAGCAUCGCACUACGAGGAACGAAAAAGUAUUUAUGAUUUAUUCAAAUUUAUAUACACAAAACUAAAAAAAUAUUUUAGUAUAAAAUACAUUACAUCUGCAAUGCAUGCGCAAUUAUGACCCCACCAGGUUUUUCUGGUUCCGGUUUAUGGAUUAUCCCACAGCCGUAUAAUUUUAGUUUAAUUUAGUAUAAUUUAUAGCUUUAAGUUUUACAGCGUUUACGCGCUGUUCAAUCUUCAUUUAUAUUGUUACGUUUGGCAGAAACUUUGCUGUGAUGUAUUAGUAAAACAUUUGAACGUUUUAUAAAGCCAUUUUUCUGGCGAAAGUUUUCGUUUUUGUUUUGCUCUAAUGUGUUUUUGAAACUCGCCGUGUCGCUCUGUAUUUAGCAGGUUCAAAUUGCCAAAUAAAUUGUUAAAUAGACAUAAAAAGCCUUUUCUUACCUUCAAAUAAUGUAUUUUCGUAUUUUACUGCCUCUUUUGUUUUGUUAUGAAUGGCAUUUGCUUUCCUCUAAAUUUCUGCAUUGAAAUUUGUGUAAAUCAACUUUCCGCCAUGUUUUGAGUAAAAGCCCCCUAUUUAUUAUUAAGAGGCAAUUUUUUUCAAUGUCACGUAUUUGCAAUGAAAAGUGUUCAAAACCUAAAAUCUUUUUGGCGUUCCUCUCAAAAUUACUUUGUUUUAGCUUUGUUCUCUAGUUUAUAGAACAUAAAAUAGUACAUAAGUACAUAAAAUAAUAGUUAAAAAUUGUCAAUUAAAAUACAAUUAUCAAAGAUGCUUUAAAAUUGACGCCAUGUUUACAGCCAUAUAAGCAAAACUUACUGAACUUCAGACAUUAUUUUCUCUUUGGCGUAUCAUCUAAAAUCUCUUUUUUUUUAGCAUUAUUUUACAGAUAAAGCACUAAACAUACUUUUUAAGUUUGUUUGCCGAUUGAGAAACGUAUCGAAAAAUAAAAAUUUUGAAUUUAGUCAUAACCUCAAGUGGUAUAUUAUACGCAUUAGUUUUGAGCGCGUGUUACGUAACAUACAAAAAAAUCUCCUCUUACAUGUAAAAGUUACUGAGUUAACUUUCGCUUUGAAGCUGCAGUAUCUAUGCGUGAAUUUGGCUCUUCGGCUUUAAUAGUACCUCAGUAACACAAUCUUGCUGAUGUGAUCCCUGACAUAAACCAAGGUAUGACUCGAAACUGUUCUACACACUCAUCUGAAAGUAGGGGUUCUACAGGUCUCACGCCCUUCUCUAUAUUACAUCAUAGACAUAGCACGCAUGUCCUCGUUUUUGAGGGAAGUGUAAACGCCUGAGCAGGCGUCUUGUUGUUAAAUAGAAUGUGAAAAAAAUAACAUCGGUAAAAUCAUUCCGGCCCUAAGCCAUCACCACCGUCCUCCAGUCAGAACUCCGAAACCAAUGAAUAUGUUGCCACUAAAAGCUUAAAAAUAGUCAGAAUUCAGAUAAAAGGAAAUUCAUUUUUUGUUUAUUUUGUAUCUGUUAUAGGCUGAGAAACCCGAAAUUUUGGCAAACGUAACGCACGUCGCCGGUCUUAGCGUUGGAGAGUUCGCUGCCCUUGUUUAUGCGGGGGUCAUCAACUUUCACGACGCUCUGCAUAUCGUUUCCGAAAGAGGAAAAGCUAUGGAGAACAUUGUGAGGGAAACUCCAACUGGGAUGGUUAGCGUUUUUGGACCGAAAUGCGAACAGUUGGAAACUUUCUUGCAGGAGAACUACCCUGCAAUGAUGAUCACAACAUACCUGGCAGAUAAUCAACACACUGUCGGCGGGAAAGAUCAGGAGUGCGAUGCCUUUGUUGAAUCUCUUUCACGGGAGUACCAAGAGAAGAUGGAUGUCAUUGAUGUAAGAAAGCUUCGCGUAGCUGGUGCAUUCCAUUCUCCUUACAUGGACCAAGCAUCCGAAGGAGUCAACAAAAUGAUAAUGCGCACUGCGUUCACUGAGCCAACAGUACCGAUUGUCAUGAACGUCAAUGGUGAUAUAGUAGCUGAUCCAUUGGAAAUGAAAAAGUUGCUCUGUCGGCAAUUGACAGCUGCAGUUAAGUGGAAGCAAUCGGUUCUUACAGCAUAUGAGCUCGGCGUGCGUAGUUUCAUCGAGGUUGCACCAGCAAGAGUACUGUCCUCCAUUGUGAAGAAUCGAAUUAAACAUUGCCAACAUUGUCAUGUGGAGUACAUUCAGCUCUAGAGAUACAAGAACCACAAUGAUUAAACACAAUUAAGAACUAUUUGCACUAUUUCGCACAUAUAUACCUGCACAAACGGUAAGCCUACUCUGGGGCAGUAACUCGCCUUAAGGUAAUUCCGCAGUUUUGCAUUGCGCACUUUUACUGCGCACAUCUUAUAACUUAUAAUUUCAUCCAUUAUACGUACCGCGUACCGUUUAAAAAAAAAAUCAUUUUGUGACAAUUUUAUGUUACUUCAAAACAUCUUUGGUUACAUUCGUGCAAAGAAUUACGUUAAAAUCAAUGUCUUCAAAAAAGGCAUACAAAAGUGUAGCUAGGGUUCCUGUGUCUGUAGUAUAUUUAUUUACUUGUAUUUCACGUUUUAAUGCCACAAUUCCCUAAAAAGAUCGGUGACCCUGUUUUUUAACUGAUAAUUUAUUUCUUUAAUGCAUCUUACAUUUCAUAUCCGAAAUUAAAAGAAAAUUUAUUUCUGGAUCUUGAAAAAAGUCCUUCAUCAAUGCAUGUUCUCAAAGAAAGAUAUGUAAAAAAAUGUGGAAAAGACAUUUGUGGAUCAGAAUUCAAUUGUGAACGUUAGUAGUUUCAUUUUGCUCAAAACAAUAUUUUUUCAAAAAUAAUUACAAGAUAGGUUUACUAAAGCAAAAUCCGCGCUAAAAACGUCAAUAAUAUCGGGCUGUUGUGAUUUUGCUGUUACUCGUAAUGAGCGUCAAGAUGGCGCCAUAUUGGGGUAAAGGUGAUAUAUUGUGAUUGUCAUAUCUUCUUAACGAGUUCGGUGACCCCAACUUUUUUGUGUGAUUUUACUUUAAGUAUAUCAUAAACUCCAUGCCUGAGAAGUUUCAGCACAUUCUCAUUUUGGGAACAAUUGCCGUCCGGCUUUUCCUUAAACGGCCGCGAGUUAAGGCGAUUUAAGAAAAAAUUUAAAAUUUAGGGAAUGCAAUGUCUGAUUUAUAUUUAGACUAAAUGUGAAAAACCCCCAAAAUAAACCAGUUUAGGUCAAGUGAUUUCAGGCGAGUUACCGUCCCAUGCAGAGUAGGCCUACCGGUGCAUAAUUAUUACUAUGGAAAGUGGAAAUAUUGCUUUAAUAAUAUUCUUAGACUUCUUAGCCUGCGUGGCAGGCGGUAUAAUAUACUGCACAAUUGCAAAUCUUGCUAAUUAUUAAUAAAGGUGAUUUUAACAUAGUUUAUGGAAAACAAACAUGGUUUGGAAGCUUAACAAACGCCAUUGUUCUCAGUGAUGGGGACGAGUCCUCCAGUUGUUUAAAAACUAAUUUUGAAAUUUUGCUAAAUCUGAUGUGAAAAACCUUUUUUUUGGGGGGGGGGAUGAUGAUUCUAGCAGCAGUUUCGAUCAAAGAAUUACGG